GUACAUUCUACCGAACACCGACGCGUCCUUCUGAACACGUCCCUAAAAUUUUUUGAGAACUCGUUUCCAUGGAUUUUUCUACGGACUGUCGAUGGCACCACCAUUUAGUUUGAGCAAGCUAUUUAAUUUUACAAAGAAACGUAAAAUCACGGUUAGACACAGUUAGACAGAAGAGGCAGGCAAGCAGGCAGCAUUUGACGUAUAUGUAUCUACAUAGAAAAUACGAUGAAAUUACGCGAUCAAGGUAAAAACAAUGUCAGGAGAAAACACGAAACGCCGCGUAAACCGGUCUCUUCGUUCGAGAGCCGACGCGAUCCGAUCUGGCAUCCAACGAGCUACAAGCAGUCCUUUCCAUGAACCAACGGAAAUAGCCGAGGCAGAACGUGCUGUGCUGUGCUGUGCUGUGCUGUGUGCUGUGCUGUGCUGUGCUGUGCUGGCCUGCGCUUUGCGAACGACGCAAACCGCCCUACGUCACAGUGAAGUAUGUGCUCUCGAGUGUAGAAAAUGGCUGCGCUCUCCGCUACCCCGGGUCGGCACGGAUGUAAAUACGGCCUGUGGAUCAGCUUUGGAGUGUUUAUCGUAAGAUUUGUUGGUGCGUUAGGAAUCACUUGCUAUUGCGAAGGACACUGCCCGGACGAUCGACAAAAUGGAACGUGCGAAGGAAGACCCGGCGGUCAUUGUUUCAGCGCCGUGGAGGAAGUUUGGGACGCGGAAUCGGGAGAAUACGUGCCGGAAUGGUCGUUUGGCUGUUUACCGCCCGACGAGCAAGGUUUCAUGCAAUGCAAAGGAUAUCUGGUGCCACAUUUGCAAGGGAAAAGCAUAGUGUGUUGUAACAAAAGUGCUCUUUGCAACAAGGACUUGUAUCCUGAAUACAAACCUAGACCCACCGCGGUACCUAAUCCUAUGGCUAUAGCAUCCGGUGCGCCGUUGAUAAUAUUAGCUACCGUUCUUUCCGUCUGCUUGAUGGUCGUUUCGAUAGCCAUGCUACUGAUAUAUCAGAAAUACAGAAGAAAAGAGAGAGGUCCCUGCCUGGUGCCUCCUGCAGGAACGUUAAAAGACUUUAUCGACCAGAGCAGCGGAUCUGGUUCGGGAUUACCCCUUCUGGUGCAACGAACGAUCGCUAAACAAUUGGCUUUAUCUCAGUGUGUCGGCAAGGGACGUUACGGUGAAGUUUGGCUUGCCAGAUGGAGAGGUGAAAAGGUCGCGGUCAAGGUAUUUUUUACGCUCGAGGAAGCCUCUUGGUUCAGGGAAACAGAGAUUUAUCAGACCGUAUUGAUGAGGCACGAUAACAUAUUGGGCUUUAUCGCUGCGGACAUCAAAGGAACCGGCUCUUGGACGCAAAUGUUACUAAUCACCGACUAUCACGAGAGAGGAUCGUUGUACGAUUACCUACAGACCACCGUUCUCGAUCACCCUGCUCUCUUGGCCAUUUGCCUUUCGAUCGCCUCUGGAAUCGCUCAUCUUCAUACCGAGAUAUUUGGCACUCGUGGCAAGCCUGCCAUAGCUCAUCGAGACAUCAAGAGUAGAAAUAUUUUAGUAAAAAGAAACGGCGAAUGCGCCAUCGCCGAUUUCGGAUUGGCGGUAAGAUAUAUUAGUGAAAGCGGAGAAAUCGAUAUCGCGCCAAACACCCGAGUCGGUACACGUCGAUACAUGGCUCCGGAAGUUUUGGAGGAAACUUUGAACACAUCCUCUUUUGAUGCCUUCAAAAUGGCCGACAUGUAUUCGGUUGGUUUGGUACUUUGGGAAGCGUGUAGAAGAUGCGUAACCGGUGGCAAAAAUUCGAUCGUCGAACCGUACGCUUUACCCUAUCACGACGUCGUGCCGAGUGAUCCAGAUUUCGAGGAUAUGCGGUUGGCUGUUUGCGUGAAACGGUUACGUCCAGUCAUACCUCCUCGAUGGGAAAACGACACGAUCCUAUUCGCUCUGAGUAAGCUUAUGGCCGAGUGCUGGCACGCGAAUCCUGCCGUUCGUUUAACAGCGCUACGCGUCAAAAAAACGAUAUCUAAACUACACAUCGACAAUGCCAUCAAAAUUGUCUAGCGCUUGGCAAACUUACGAUUAGUCGAAUUUGUUCCAAGCUUAUUACUUUUUACAAGCUUACAAACUAUUUUCCCCUUGUAUAUAUGCUCCUGGUGUACAUAAGUUUAUCGACAGACUGCAAGCCUGAAGACUGAGUACUAACAUUUAUAAAUACAGAAAGAUGAAUGAAUGCGAACAUUUUGAUGAUCGAUGGAUGAUUGGUUAUUGGUUAUUGGUUAUUGGUUAUUGCUUCUCAUCAACGAACCAGUUACGAAUGAGUAUGUAUUUUAUACGUAUACGUAUACGAAUGUCAAUUUUUCUUUUUUCUUUUUUUUCCAAUCAACACAUCCGCGAAACGCUCCUCCUCUUUUAACGCGUUUCCUUUCGUUCCCUUCAACGUCGUUCAACUUGUAUAAUCGACGAUGGCUACUACUUAUUCUUCUUAGCAAAGGUAACGUUUUAUUGUUAGUAGUAAAUUUAGUUACGACUACAAAAAAAUCUAUCCUUAAUAGGAACAACAGCUUUAUCGUUUUCAUCCUAGCAUUUCAGUCUGUUCUAUUUACUUAUUUAGCGGCGUGACCUUUAUAUUCGUUGAAAAGUGAUCAUCAUCCAAGAUUACGACGCGACGAUGUCGUUGUCGAUGUCGAUGUCGAUGUCGAUGUCGAUGUCGAUGUCGAUGUCGAUGUCGAUGUCGAUGUCGAUGCAAUAAUUUAUCGUCAAUCAGAAAGUUUCGCAGGAUACAUACAUGUUCAGAAUCAUUCAGAAAUACAAUGCUUUUCACGUUAAAAACGUUCGACAAAAGUAUAAUGUUUACGUAUUCGAAAUAUUCUUCUACGCCGGAAUAUCUUGCUUGCUAUCUAUGCAAAAAAACAUUCAUUUUAUUAUCCUUUUCUUUCCAUCGAUCGUGUUACGCUCGAUUUUUAAAUUCAAAGUCAGAAAAAUUACAUUUUAUCGAUAUUACCAGCAGUUGUGUUGAUACUUGCACACUGUUUCUUUCUCUUCAUAUAUGAUCCUGUAUUAUCUGUACAGUAUGUAAUUUAUGUUUUUAAGUUGUACAAAUGGGAUAUAUUGUUUAGCAUAAGAAUUUAAAGAUUAGAAUCAUUAAGUAUAUUAUAUUAUAAAAACGUUGAUUCCCUAAACUCGAAAGAUAUCUUUUAACAAGAUGAUCGGAGCAGCGAUAAUCCUUUUUGCAGCUCGUUGAUCUUUUAUGUAUGUAUCAAUAGUUUGGUGUAUUUGUAAACUUUGUAAAAUGGCUGGAUUAUACCCAAGUACCUACCUAAAUUUUCAACGAAAAGUUUGACAAAAUCGUUGCUCUGUUAACAAACUAUGUUUUUAGCUAUUCACUUCGAGUCCUUAUUGUUACAUACGACUUCCGUAUACGCGUAUUAUGUAACAAAAGUCACUGUUAAAUAGUCUUUAAGUUUUCGUUUGGGAAAAUCAACUGUAAUUGCAUUAAAACUCAUAGCUAAUAGUUAGUUGAUCGCAGACAAUGAAAUUUAUAUUUUUAACAAGUAUUAAAUAUUAUCGUCUUUUUAAACAGA